AACACAGCUCAGAAAGACAGGAGUCAGCUCACCUUAAGACCUAGAAGAGAAGAGAGGAACAAUGUGCAAUUUGUUCCUUUCUCUGCUGACUGUUCUCUGCUUUAAUUGUCAUGGUCUUGAGGAUGUUAUCCACCUGGAUAUGGUUAAAAGUUCUGCAGCUUACAUCUUUAGGCGCAGUACAGAAUCCGAUCAGCUGGCUAUCAGCCACGUCCAGAAUGAAACAGGUGAUGUUUGGAAAAAUGCCAAGAAUAAUAUGAAGUGCCCUGUUGCCAGUGGCCUCACAAAGGAACACAUGCUCGCGGUUUAUGCCUAUACGGCACAAUAUCCCAGAAAGAAGCCAUUCUACAGACAAUUCAACGAUGCAGUCAGGGAAUAUGGAGCCGAUGAGAUGACAUAUGAAAACAACUUCAAGUAUAAAAGUUAUCAUUACCUGCUAGCUACUGCCCUGGAGGAACUGAGAAGCAAAUCCCCCACAGAGACCAAGAGGGUUUAUCGAGGGAUUAAACAUCUGGCUGAGGGCACUGAGGGGUCACAGAUGCGCUUUGGUAUCUUCGCCUCUUCUUCACUGGAUGAAAAUGUUGCCCGGAAAUUCAUUAACCCCAGUACAAAGACGAACACUAUAUUCAACAUCAGAACCCAGUAUGGAGUACGAAUCCAAAAAUACUCGUGUUUCCCCUCGGAGGAUGAGGUCCUGAUCCCACCCUACGAGUUGUUCAUCGUGGGAAAGAUCACUUCCGAGACGUAUGGCAACUGUGUUCCUCUGACGGGGGUGACGAAGGAAGAAAAACAGAUGAGGUUGAAGAUAGGGAAGAGUGGGAAGCUAGUGGUGGUGCCCAAUGAGGGGAUAGCAAACUCAGCUUUCAGUGGAUUGUGGAUUCUGACAGCCCUGAUUUGUAUCUCUGGGUGAGAUUUCACUCAAUUCCUGCAGUUCUAUCUUCACCAACCCGUCCUCCUCUUGUCCCCAGCUCAGUGUAAGGUCUGGCUCUCUCCCUGCACGUCGCUCGAAGUGGAUGUAAAAUAUAAAAGUGAGGAAGUUCUGGAGGCUCCAGUGCUAUUGAGCAGAUCCGAGCUUGCCUUGAACACUGCUCUGCAUCCCCUUCCUCAGACCCUUCUCUCUGCAACAUUUCAGUAUUGCUGACUUUUUUUUCUUCCAAAGUGAAAACCUCACACUUCCUCACAUUAUAUGACAUCCACCAUGUUUCUUGGGAAGCCCACAUCCUCUUGAUGGGCUAAAUGGCCUAAUUCUGCCCUUCAAUCUCAUGGUCUUAUGGUCUCUUGAAGCCUUCUUGGGCCUUCCUCACACCUUAUGUUCCCACAUCUGAAAAUGUUACAGUUGGGCCCCAUAUUGAAAUCAUUAAUAUAGAAUGUGAAGAGUUGUGGACCUCGCACUGAUCCUUGUGAGUUACAUACUGACAGCCUGAGAGUGACACGUUGAUUACUACACUCUGCUUUCUGUCUGUUAACAGCGUCUUCACUCGCAGCAGUAUCUUAUCCUCAAUUGGAUGCUCCAUAAUUUCAUUUACGAGCCUAUGUCGGACCCUGGAAAAGUGUUCCGCACCCAUUGCUUCUCCUUUGUCAAAUGCGACAAGUAACAUCCUCAAAAAUCUCCACCUGUUUGACAAACUGGAUUUCAGCUUUUAUAAUUCCAUGUUGACUCUGUCCAAUUUUAUCACAGUUCCUUAAAUCUCCAGCUCUCACACUCUUUAUAAAGAUUCACAAAUUUAACAUCCGACUGAUCUCAAACUAACAAAGCUGCAUUUCUCCAUUCCCCCUGUCCCUCCCUUACUAAAUAGUGAGGUUACAUUUGUUACUUUGUAGUCACCAUGAAACUUACCAGAAUCUGUCCAAUUUUGCAAGAUAUUUCUUUCUCCCUCCCCUGUCUUCUCUAGCCAUCUCCUUCAACACUCAGAAUUGAAUCUCAUUUUGCCCAAGGGCUUUACCAACCCUUCAUUCAGUUAGCCUUCUAACACAAAAUUCUCUACUCACUCCAAUUUGUUUUACUUCAUCUGUUUCACAACUCCCUGGUAUUUCACACAGACAGAUGCAUUUCCCUGUUUCUCAUUACACAUUCUCCUUUCCCUCAUGUACUGGGGGAACAUUUCCCGGGUAAAUUUUCCUUUUCCACAUUUUUGAAAAGGCUUAUUACAGUCUACCUUGAUAUUCCUAACUAGCUUGCGUUCAUAUUCUCUUUUCCCUUUCUUGGUCCUCCUACGCUGGAGUUCAAAUAACUUGCAGUCCUCAGGUGUUUCAUAUGGAAGGAAAGUGGGAAUACACUUUGAGAUAGAGGAUCAAUAAUGACCAUAUUGAAUGGCAGAGCUGGCUUAAGGCUGAAUGGCCUACUCUAGCUGCUGGUUUCUAUGUUUUACAAACCAUUUUGUUUCUGUUCUGAGGAAGGGUCACCAGACCUGAAACGUUAACUCUGAUUUUUUUCUUCACAGAUGCUGCCAGACCUGCUGAGCUUUUCCAGCAACUUCUGUUUUAGUUCCUGACUUUCAGCAUCCGCAGUUCUUUCGGUUUUUAUUUUGUUUAACGUCUUUAGUUAGUCACGUCUCAUUUACUUCAGGUUUUGGAUAGCUGUACAUCUACUGUAGAACAUGUAUUUCACAAAUUCCAUUGGCCCUGAGGCUUUAGCAAAUUGACACAUGGGGCACCUAAUCUCAAAAUCCUACAUAAUGAAUAUUAAAGAUUGCGCUCUUCAAUUGAUUCUUUGUAUUUGCUACUCAAUUUGGUGAAUGUAGAGACACGAAUGGUAUCACAGAAAGUUAGUUUAGACAACUGGAAUUUAUUUCCCUAACUGUAAAGGCGAAAUGUACGUUAGUUCUGGAUCAAAAAUAUACAUAAAAAUAAAACUGAACAAUUGUUAACUGA